CCGCCCGGGCAUGAAGCGGGGGCGCGCGGCGCUUCUUCCUCAGUCGCUGCUACCAGGCACCAGGCAGUAUCCAGCGCCUGCGGUCGCCGCGCAGACCUCUACCUCUAGAGGUGCUCUGCCGCCAGCUCGGCUUCCUGGCGUCGCCACUCGGCCGCCCUCCGUUCCCAGCCCCGAGGGGCCCAGCCGUCAGUGACGGGGGGAGGCCAACAUGAGCUGGGGGGUCCGCCAGGCCGGCGCCGGGCAGGGGGCGGCGGCCGCAGUGCCGCUGCUGGCCACCCUGAGCUUCCUCCUGAGCGUCGUCGAGGCCCAGGUGGCUGGAGUUCUGGAUGAUUGCUUGUGUGAUGUUGACAGCAUUGAUAACUUCAACAACUACAAGAUCUUCCCAAAAAUAAAAAAAUUGCAAGAGCGAGACUAUUUCCGUUAUUACAAGGUUAAUCUGAAGCGACCAUGUCCUUUCUGGGCAGAAGAUGGCCAUUGUUCCAUAAAAGACUGCCAUGUGGAGCCCUGCCCAGAGAGUAAAAUUCCAGUUGGAAUAAAAGCUGGACAUUCUAAUAAGUAUUCGAAAGUGACGAAUAAUACCAAAGAAUUGGAUGAUUGUGAGCAGGCUAAUAAGCUGGGAGCAGUUAACAGCACAUUAAGUAAUCAAAGCAAAGAAGCUUUCAUUGACUGGGCAAGAUACGAUGAUUCACAGGAUCACUUUUGUGAACUUGAUGAUGAGAGAUCUCCUGCAGCCCAGUAUGUGGACCUUUUGCUGAACCCAGAGCGGUACACUGGCUACAAGGGGCCCUCUGCCUGGAGAGUGUGGAACAGCAUCUAUGAAGAAAACUGUUUCAAGCCUCGUUCUGUUUAUCGCCCUUUAAAUCCUCUGGCACCCGGUCGAGGUGAAGAUGAUGGAGAAUCAUUCUACACUUGGCUAGAAGGUUUGUGUCUGGAGAAAAGAGUCUUCUAUAAGCUUAUUUCAGGACUUCAUGCCAGUAUCAAUUUACAUCUGUGUGCAGAUUAUCUUCUGGAAGAAACCUGGGGUAAACCAAGUUGGGGACCUAAUAUCAGAGAAUUUAAACGCCGCUUUGACCCUGUAGAAACCAAGGGAGAAGGUCCUAGAAGGCUUAAGAAUCUGUAUUUUUUAUACUUGAUUGAGCUGCGAGCUUUGUCAAAGGUGGCUCCCUAUUUUGAACGCUCCAUUGUUGAUCUUUACACUGGAAACACAGAUGAAGAUGCUGACACUAAAACCCUUCUCCUGAGUAUCUUUCAGGAUACAAAGUCCUUCCCCAUGCACUUUGAUGAGAAAUCCAUGUUUGCAGGUGACAAAAAGGGGGCCAAAUCAUUAAAGGAGGAAUUCCGGUUACAUUUCAAGAAUAUCUCCCAUAUUAUGGACUGUGUUGGAUGUGACAAAUGCAGAUUAUGGGGGAAAUUACAGACUCAAGGUUUAGGAACUGCCUUGAAGAUACUAUUCUCUGAAAAAGAAAUCCAGAAGCUUCCAGAGAACAGUCCUUCUAAAGGCUUCCAGCUCACACGACAGGAAAUAGUUGCCCUUUUAAAUGCUUUUGGAAGGCUUUCUACAAGUAUAAGAGAGUUACAGAACUUUAAAAUCUUAUUACAACACAGUAGUUCAUAUACCCCUGUUGCAAGGUGACAAUGGAGCAGUUUGCAUUGUGAACAUGCCCAGCUGUGAGCACCUCUUGGCAUGUUGUUUGUAUCUUCUCACCCACUUUAAAAUCCAGCUCUUGACCACAUACCCGACAGAAAUGAUUGUAACAGCUGAAGAAGUAAUGAACAUGAAGUAAAGAAAACAUUCUUUCCUUCAAUGACAUGCAGUUUUUUUGCAAGUGGAAUCUGUAAAUCAGACAAAGUAUAUAUUGGUAAAUUUUCAAUAUCCUCCUUGUUUGGAUUCUUUGGUUAUGAGAAAAAUCCAAAUAGUAAUAGAUUUUACUUCAAAAUUGAUCAAAUGUUUUGACAUUGAACAUUUGAAUUAAUCAAUUUUGUAGUCUCAUAUGUGUAUGAAACACUGCCACUUUUCAACUUUGCCUAGGUGCCAUUAUAUAUAAGAAAGGACAGCUAUCUUGGUUCUUCGUCAGCAUUGCCUUCAGCUGGAAACUUGAGUGCAGUCCACAGUUCCCCUCCCAGCAGUUUGGAAACUGAAGUACCUGAGGAAACCAUAGCUGUUCACCAAAAGACAGGUUUAGGCACGUCAAAGCCCACCACAUAAUCCGUACUCUAUUUUCAGUAACAUCUGUGGAUGCAACUUUGAUUUUGUGAACAGAAUUCCAAGUAAUUUGCUACUGUACCAUCAGAUUCCACAAAAUGUGAA